AGGACCGGCGGUAUUUAUUAAGUUAAGUUGCCCACGCUGAACUACUGAUCCCCUCUGCUACACAGAAACACGCACUGCUCCUGACGCGAAUUCUACCUACGAGUGGUAAACAUGUCGUACUACACUGAUACCUGGGAAUAUGAGGACAACAGUACCUACAACAUCUCAGAGGCAUCUGGAGACUUUGACCUGGGAGAUGAGGCAUGUGGGAGUGCGCUCAGCAGUGACUUCAAUAAGAUCUUCAUACCAACAGUUUAUGGAAUAAUAUUCAUUCUGGGAAUCAUUGGCAAUGGAUUAGUCGUUAUUGUCAUGGGCUACCAGAAAAAGGUCAAAACCAUGACGGACAAGUACCGGCUCCAUCUCUCUGUGGCCGACCUCCUGUUCGUCCUCACGCUGCCCUUCUGGGCCGUGGAUGCGACCAGCACCUGGUACUUUGGAGGUUUUGUCUGUGUGUCUGUGCACAUGAUCUACACAGUCAACCUGUACAGCAGUGUAUUGAUCCUGGCCUUCAUCAGUCUGGACAGAUACUUGGCAGUUGUGCGGGCUACAAACAGCCAAGCCAUGAGGAAGAAGCUUGCAAGUAGAGUGAUCUAUUUGGGUGUGUGGCUGCCUGCAGCUGUGCUGACUGUACCGGACCUGGUCUUUGCCAGGGUGCAAAGCAUAAGUUCUUCAAACUACCUCUUCCUAGACGAAAGCAUGGAGGCCGAAGACUCCAGGGCCAUCUGCCAGCGCAUCUACCCCCGCAACACCAGCGACAUUUGGACUGUGGUUUUCCGCUUCCAGCACAUCCUGGUGGGCUUCAUACUGCCCGGUCUGGUCAUCCUUGUCUGCUACUGCAUCAUCAUCAACAAGCUGUCGCAGGGCUCCAAGGGCCAGGCACUGAAGAAGAAAGCUCUGAAGACCACGGUCAUCCUCAUCCUGUGUUUUUUCACCUGUUGGCUGCCCUACUGUGUUGGCAUCUUCUUGGACAACCUCAUAAUGCUCAAUGUGGUCUCUCGCUCUUGUGAAUUGCAACAAGCUGUGGAGAAGUGGAUUUCUAUCACAGAGGCGCUGGCCUAUUUUCACUGCUGCCUAAACCCCAUCCUCUAUGCUUUCCUGGGAGUUAAGUUUAAGAAAUCAGCCAGGAGUGCACUGACAGCCGGCAGCAGAUCAAGUCAGAAAGUGACUCUUAUGACAAAAAAGCGAGGGCCAAUUUCAUCUGUGUCAACCGAGUCUGAGUCCUCAAGUGUUUUGUCAAGUUAACAAAUAGUCAACCCCAGAGUCUGUGACUUGAUCCUCUCAGGAGAGAAAAACUAAGCUUCAAUUUCAAAGAACUUACUACAUUUUGUACAGAUGUUAAAAAAGAGUUUUUAUACACUUUAAUUUGUUUGCCUUGUUUACUGCAAUUGUGUGUCCUGUGAGGGUAUUUACUGCAAAUUUUCAUUUUUUAUGUUCCUCAAAGCAGAUUGUGUCCUUUGGCAGUGCCUCAUUUCCAUUCAUUAAUCAAGGUCUAUUUUCCCUGUUUUCCUCUUUACUAUUUUUGUUGCUGUAUCAGAGUUCACGCCUACAGUGUCCUCUUCUGUUUUCAGGAAUGGUAGCUGUUAUUGGAAAUUGUACAUAGUUUGUAGCAUUUGUGUGUUCGCACUUAAGUUGUGUGAUUAUCUGAAAGCUAUUAUUUAUUGCUGUCAUUCACACUGGAAGUUUUGUAAAAGAAAAACUGCAUGCUGCUUUUUUUUACCAUGUGACGUGUGUUUUUUGAUGUAAAAAUAAAAAAUUCAGUGCUUUCCCAUCA